UGUUGGUAUUCAGUUUUUUAACCUCUCUGUGCUCGUCGUUUUCCAACAUUGAGAAGAGAAGAGAAGAGAAGAGAGCGACCGAGUGAGACAAUAAAAAUUGCAACAGAGACGGGAAGAAUCCUCACCGAUAGAUUUUUUUCAAAUACCAAAUAUAUUUGUGUUAUAAGUGUUGAUUAACCUUUUCACAAGUGAUCAGUGCCAAGGAUUACCCGAUAUUCCCAAAAAUGGUUAAGCUUUAUGCAUUGACAGUGCUUUAUAAAGGACCCAUAUCCGCAAGUGCAUUGAAAUGUGCUUAUGACGUAGAGUCAUUCUCUUAUUUUCAAAGGGGAAGUGUCAGGGAGUUUAUGGCGUUUGUCAGUAAGACUAUUGUUGAACGUACACAGAUUGCUGCUAGACAAAGUGUCAAGGAAGGAGAAUACAUGUGUCAUGUUUACGUUCGUGGCGACAGUCUCGCGGGUGUUUUGAUAUCCGACCACGAAUACCCUAAUCGUGUGUCUCACACGCUGAUAACCAAAGUGUUGGAUGACUUUGCUGGAAGGUACCCCCCAAGCGCCUGGGGAACUCUGAACGAAGCCACCUGUGAUUUUCCCUCAAUCAAUACGUACUUGGCCAAGUAUCAGAAUCCCAGGGAGGCGGAUGCACUCACCAAGAUGCAGAACGACUUGGAUGAGACGAAAAUUAUACUGCAUAGCACAUUGGAAGCUGUACUUCAACGAGGCGAAAAACUAGACGACUUGGUCCAAAAAUCCGAGGGUCUCAGCAUCCAAUCAAAAGCCUUCUACAAAACAGCAAGAAAAACCAACUCCUGUUGCAGUUUAACAGCUUAAUGUUCAAAAUAUCCUAUUAAUUAAUUAAUCAAUGCAAGAGAAUGAGUCGAGGGCACUCACUCGUUUCCCCCCACCUGUUAAUGUUCGAAUUAAUGAGAAUAACUGGAUGAAUUUAUCAACAAAAAUGAGAAAAAAAUUUAUGUAUUUCAGAUUCUUGUCUUGCAUUAAUUGAUGAAUUGAUUGAUUGUAUUAAUUAGUUAAUUAAGCAAAGCAAGGAAUAGCUAUUUUCAAUGUGAUGUUAAAGGGAAAUGAAUAAUCCACUGUUAAAUGGACCGUUAUAUGAGCAAGAACCUCUCAGUAAUCGUGACUUAUAUCCAUUUGUGUAAAUGUUGAUUGGCUGAUCGUGAUUACAGCCGAAGAAAUUAAUGGAUGAGUGGUAAAACUGUUUGAGUUCGUGUUGUAUUUGUCAAAUCUAUCAAAUACCUCGGGUUUUGGGAGGAAAAGUCCAGUGAUAUUUUUGGGAAAAUUUUCUUCUCUAUUAAAACAAUUUUCUGACAUUUUUUCUGCUGCGCUGAGAGAAAAACGGAUUCCCAAACAUUUCUUGUUUUAUAUCAGCAAAAUCGUAAGUUGAAAAUUAUCAACAAUAAGACAUCUCGUCUUGAGAUUGAAAAUUUUUGUUACAAAAAUAGAUUUAAAUGUUUAAAAAAUUGUUAUCUUCUCAUUUCUAAUUACAUCCAUUAAAUUAUGAAUUAAAUUCAAUUUUCGUUAGUUGAUGAUUCAUUUCAGAAAUUGAUGAUUUCAAAAGAAAAUGGCAAUAAACUUUCGUUUGUAGGGAGUUUUUCCAACUGAAAGUCUCUGCAAUAUCGUUGGCACUCAACAAUUUCGGAUUCUAUUCAAUUCGAAAUAUUUUUAUCAACUGUUGAACAAUGUUGGUGAUUAUCAAUUUCAGGAGUAAAAAGUCAGAGACCAUUUCCAACAAAAAAUUCCUUUCUCAAAUAGUUCUACUAAAAUAUCAACAUGAAGUCGUUCGUUAACGAGAAUUUAAUGGUUGACACGGAUGGUUUUAUCACUUGACUGCAGCAAUCGUUUAGGAAAUUAUAUUUCGUGUCAGUUUAUCACUGCCACUCGAUUUCGUUUUCUAUUGAGUAAUUGAGUAACUGAAAUGAUUAACAAGAUUAACAAGCCUUUUUUCAUUGUACCGAGGAGAAUUGUCCCGAGAAACUUAUUUUUAACAGUAUUGUAAAUAACCAAUGAUGACUACAUCACUUCAUAAUACGGAUAUUGUAAGCAUUUGUAUGAAAUCGUGAAUGCAUUCCAAUUUCAACUAUCCCAAUUGAUUAAACUGGCCGAACGAAGAAAGUAAAUAAUUAGGAGGGUGGUGAAAAUCGAAGUUUGAAGAUUACCUCGCGAAUAUCUCCGAAACUAUUGUGUCUAACAGAAAACGUCAAAAGGACUUUUUUCAAGAUAAUUUCAUGCUUCUCAAAAAAGUCAGGUGAUAUUUUUCGCUAAACCCAUUACUUUUCGAGAUAUUAGUAAUCUAAUCUCUGCAGAAAUAUCGGCGUUGCUUCAGAUAUUGAUUAAUUAUAUUUUCAAUGAAGAGAAAACGAAAAAAAAGGAAAAAAAAUAUUGUAACGAGCCUAAAGUCAUUGUGAAGUGUUUGUAAUUAUAAAGACAAAAAAUAUACGUGUAUAAACCUUAAUAAAGCUAAAUUAUUUUCAACUUUGA